UCCGCCUCCUAUUUCGCCGCCGCCGCCGCCGCCGCCCGGCCUGCUGUUGACAAACACGGCGUUCGAGGCGGGCGUCCUGUUGGGGAGCGCUUCUUCCGUCUCUGGAGCAGAUCCCCGGAGCGCCUGGGCGGGCGGCAGCCAGGGAAGGGCUCGCGGGAAGCCGGGGAAGGGAUGUGGCAGACGCUGGCUCUCGGAGCUCUCUUCUUCCCGGGGCUUUUCGCAGUCUUCGUCCGCACCCUGCGCUGGCUGGAGCCGGCAUGGAGCCUCAAGGACCGGAUCGUCCUCAGCGGCAGGCUGGUGUCGUCUGUCCAGGCCACGAUGGCCACUCUUUCGGGGAUCAUUGUCAUCUUCAGCUGCAAGGACGUCGUGCACGACAGGCACUGGAUUGCGCAAGAGUACAUGUGGAUUGUGGCCGCCUACAUGGCCUAUGACAUCUAUGUCAUGUACCUCUGCCACUGGCACAAGGGCGAGGAGAAAGGGGAGGCCACCCCGAAGCAUUCUCUGGCCAGCGUCAACAGCUUCCUGCAGAGAGAAAGGCUGAUGGUCACUCACCACCUCUUCAUCCUCAUCGUCCUCACGCCGGUGGCUACGCACUUCAGAGGUGAGCUGGGAGACUUCUUCGUCGGCUGUAUCUACACGGCCGAGCUGAGCACCCCCUUUGUAUCGUUGGGCAAGAUCCUGUUGCAGCUGAAAAUGCAGGAUUCAGCCUUGCACAAAGUCAACGGCAUCCUCAUCCUGGUGACCUUCUUCCUGUGCCGCAUUGUCCUGUUCCCCUUCAUGUACUGGGCCUACGCCCGCCAAGCGGGUCUCCCCAUCUACAAAGUGCCUUUCCACAUCCCCUUCCACUGCAACGUGGCCAACGCCCUGCUCAUCGCCCCUCAGCUCUACUGGUUCGUCCUCAUCUGCCGCAAGGCCCUGAGGCUGUACAGCGCCCCACCUGCCCCGGACCGAGCCAGAUAAUGGCGGCCUGAGACCUGGUCCCCGGCGGCUGGGUCCUGCCUCCCCCCGACUUUCUGCACCAGCCUCUCGGGAGAGACCUCUCAGUCGGGACGCCGUGGGCUU